AUGCCCAACGUCAGAUACCCCUUUACCCGCGAUAACAGCAACACGCUCAUCAUCGACGGUCACCGGGAGAUGGCCGAGUCGCACCCGGGCGAAAACUUGGCCGUCGGAGUUGCCGCUGGGCUCAAGCUGGCUGGGCUUGAGGUGUUCUACAAGGAAUUAACCCAUCAAGAAGAGGAAGACAGGCAGAAGGAUAAGGAUCUCGAAGCCGUUACCAUUGGAGACAUCUCGGCGAAUGCCACUUCCCUCCACAAGUUGAAACCCAUGGGAGAAAUGCGCAAGUCGCCGCCGGCAGACACUACUACCCCAGUGUCCGCGGUGUAG